GUCCCACUCACCUCACGCCCUUGAUUUUUUUCGAAAAGGUGAAGGAAGGCCAGCCGCAACACCACCCCAUCAUCGCCAAAUUUCACAGCGACAACCGCCGCCAUGGGUAUCGAUCUCGACCGCCACCACGUCAAGGGCACGCACCGCACUGCCCCCAAGAGCGACAAUGUCUACCUUAAGCUCUUGGUGAAGCUCUACCGCUUCCUGGCCCGCCGAACCGACUCUUCCUUCAACAAGGUCGUUCUCCGACGUCUUUUCACGUCCAAGAUCAACCGACCUCCCGUUUCGUUGUCCCGCAUUGUGGCCAACCUUAACAAGGAGGACGAGAAGCGAACCGUCGUCGUUGUCGCCACCGUCACCGACGACAACCGCCUCCUGCAGUUCCCCAAGACCACCGUCGCUGCCCUGCGAUUCACCGCCACUGCCCGUGCUCGCAUCAUCGCCGCCGGUGGUGAGGCCAUCACCCUGGACCAGCUUGCUCUCCGUGCCCCCACUGGCAGCAACACCCUGAUCCUCCGUGGUCCCAAGAACGCCCGUGAGGCUGUCAAGCACUUCGGUUUCGGUCCCCACUCGAACAAGAAACCCUAUGUCGAGUCCAAGGGCCGCAAGUUCGAGCGUGCCCGUGGCCGAAGACGCUCGCGUGGUUUCAAGGUCUAAGGGAGGUUGUGACGAAAAUGAUUGGCCUCGGGAGGAGUUCCGGCCAGUAUAUCAGGCAAUUGAUACCGGCAUUCGGUUUGCAAAUGGGUCUUGCAUGGAAUUGGCGUGGCUAGGUAUCACAAAAUUCUACAAAGAAAUUCUCGCGCACUGCUGCCGUCAUGAUUGGAACGAUGUUCGUGACAUACACCCUCGACAUUGCAAUUUCUCAACGAAUGUGCGAAUUAUUUUUCGAUUAGCAUUAUGGGUCUAAUUGUACAGUGGCGUGGCCUUUCCUCC